GAAACAAAACUGCAGAUAUGUAUACUGGAAUUUGAGCAAGUACCAAUGCAAGCAGUACUACCCAAAUAUCAAAGUCAAUGCUGAUGAAACAAAAUCUCACAACAUUAAUUCAAAUGCCAAAUUGAAGGCCCCAAUUAGCAUGAAAUACCAGUCCCUGCAUCGAUCUCUGUAAAAUGCAAACACAGCGGUACCAUAAAUAAACACAAACAAACAAAGACGCAGUUCAAAAAUAGAAACACCAAUCUACUGAAUAUAAGCACACACAACCACCAAGCUAGACUCCAUACAGAAGAUAGAGAUACCAAAAUAGUAGAAACCAUAAGCAGCAUCCCGGUAUAACCUUCUAGCGGAACUCCGCCGCGACGUUGACCGGCAAGCCAACACACGAUGGAUUAUUCCGGCACCGAGGUGGCGCUCGCCGCCCCAAUCUCGUCACAGCUGCAGUCAGGCGCCGACGAGCUGGCGGCGCUGCACCUGCUAUCGCGCCAAUCCUCGAGGUUCAAGGGCGUCGUGCCGCAGCCGAACGGGCGCUGGGGCGCGCAGAUCUACGACCGCCACGCCCGGGUGUGGCUCGGCACGUUCCCCGACGAGGAGAUCGCCGCGCGCGCCUACGACGUGGCCGCUGUCCGCUACCGCGGCCGCGAAGCCACCACCAACUUCCCGGGGGAGCGUGCGUCCGCGGGCGAGCUCGCCUUCCUGGCGGCGCACUCCAAGUCGGAGAUCGUCGACAUGCUCCGGAAGCACACCUACGCCGCCGAGCUGCGCCAGGGCCUGCGCCGCGGCCGCGGCAUGGGCGCCCGCGCGCAGCCCACGCCGCUGUGGGCUCGGAAGCCGCUCUUCGAGAAGGUCGUGACGCCGAGCGACGUCGGCAAGCUCAACCGCCUCGUCGUGCCCAAGCAGCACGCGGAGAGGCACUUCCCGCUGAGGCGCGCGCCGGAGGAGACGGCCACCGGCAAGGGCGUGCUCCUCAACUUCGAGGACGACGAGGGCAAGGUGUGGCGGUUCCGGUACUCGUACUGGAACAGCAGCCAGAGCUACGUGCUGAGCAAGGGCUGGAGCCGCUUCGUCCGGGAGAAGGGCCUCCGAGCCGGCGACACCGUGGCUUUCUCCCAGUCAGUGUAUGGGCAGGACAACAAUCAGCUGCUCAUCAACUACAGGAAGGCACCAAGGAAGCAGGGCGAAGGCCCGGACGACGCGAAUCACGCGAUUGCCGCUGAGGCCCGUAGCAUCAUCAAGCUGUUCGGCGUUGACAUUGCCGGCGGAGGGCGAGAGGCUGGCGCCGAAGGGCACGGCGGAUUCUUGGAGAGAUAGCCCAUGAUGAACGAAGAUGACAACUUCAGCGCCUUCUUGAUCUUCCCUAGCUAGCUAGCUCUAGUGUGAUCAUGUAUAUAUGGUAUCUUCUCCAACUUUAUUUUCUUGUUUCUUAUCGAUCCGGCCAUUUGAUGUUAACUUCAAUUCUCCGCCAUGUCAUCAGCCUAGCUAGCUUAUCUAUCCUGCUAAUAACAUCAACUGCCAUCUAGCUAGUGGAUGAUAUAUAUAUUGUGCUUGUUGUUGUCCUCAAAACUAUGAUUC